GCUGAUGACGUUUUAUUCUUGAGUAAAUGAUUUGUCUAGAGAAACAAAAACGUGCUAAAAUUCGUGCUCCUUAGUGUGCUUUUCUUAUUCGCUUCUCAGUUGGCGAGACGCUACAGUGGAAGUGCAUAAUAGUUCUGAAUACGUGGAUAUCGACGGUAGAUUCGCUAUGGAAAGUGCUGUUCUUUUGUACAUUGUGGUGACUCUCAUGAUGUCUUCGGGUGCACGAGGUCAAUCCUUUUCGCGAUCCUGCAGUACCGUUAACGGCAAGACAGUGUGUGAGUCUCAGCAGAACCAAGGCAACAUGGCAGCAUCUUCUUCGCAGGCUGUAAGCGGUGGGUCAAAUGGAGAUUAUCAGAAUGCGUAUGCUGGAGCCGGUAAUCCGAAUGACUGGUCCUCAUCACAAACCCAGCAAGGUGUCGCACCCUCUGGAGUUUUUCCCGGUUUCGUAUUUGGUUUUCCAAACUUCGGUGGUGGAUCGACUGGCGGAGGUGCAUCAAGUGCAUCGCAGUCUGCUUCGGGAUCUGGAACUGGAAAUCAAGGAGGAUAUCAACAAGGAAGCUCAAGUUUUUCAUCUUCAAGUUCCGGAGAUGGAAAUAAUCAAGGAAGCUAUCAAGCAUCGUCUGGUCCUGGAACUUUUACGUACACAAGCACUAGCAAUAAUGGAGGUGGAGCAGUUGCUGGUGGAUUUGCUGGAGCUGGAGCAUAUGCAGGACCUUUGAUACCAGGCAUCAUGAGUCCUUUCCAAUUCGUCUUCGGAGGGAGAUGAACUUUUGAGAAAUGGAACCCCAGAUGAAGACACUGGAAAAUGUUAUGAAAUUUUCAAUGCAUUGAAAAUUUUAUGAACUAUAGAAAUAAAAAGAUGUAAAAUUGUGAA